UCAGCAAAAGGGAAAAUACUUAAAAAAAAAAAUAUCAAAAAAAUUACCAUAAAAAAUUAAUUUAAAAACAUGCAAAAAAGGAAUAAAUAUAAUAAUAAAAUAGAAAUGCAUAUGAGAGUAAUUUUUUGAUGGAAAUAGAAUUUGAAAUUGUGGUUUCAUGCCUGACUGAGAGACUAAAAGUGAAGGUCAGAAUUAUGAGAGGCUUUAAACAGUAAGUUUAGAAAGAAAAGAGAUAGAAAAACCCAAAAGCAGAAAAUAAAAAUAAUCUCAUCUUAAGUGAUAGCACUAAGAAGUUUAAAGUUUUAACCCUAAUAAUUAUAAGAAUUAUAAAAUUAAAAAUGAAUGGCACCAAAGCUUCACCUAAAGCCUCUCCUAAAAUGGGCCAACGUAAUUUAGCUUACAUAUCAGAAGCUCCCGAUAUAAACCAUGCAACAAGACAGCAAAACACAAAUCUUCCACCUAAUUCUACCCCAAGAACAGCAGCCACCACAGCGACAUCUUCCCCAGCUACUGAUAUUAUAGGAGAAAUUACAGGCGAUUUUGGUGUCUGGCAACUUAGAACGAUACUCAUUAUCUUUCUUUGUAAAAUUCCCGCCUCUUGGUUUAUGGCUUGUAUAAUAUUCACCGCCCCAGAACUCUAUCCCCGCACAGAGUUUGUUUGUGAUGCAACAUCUUUAAAACCAAAUCAAAGUAUUACAAGAGAUCAGUGUUAUAUAGACGAUGUAGUUACGGGUCAACGUGAGGAGUGUACACAAUUUUUAUAUGAUUUCAGUUUUCAAUCGCUUAUCAUGCAAUUCAAUUUGGUGUGUUUGAGGGAUAUUUUCGUGGCGUGGACCCAAUACUGGCAUUUGUUUGGUGUUUUGGUGGGUGGUGUGGCAGCUACGAAAAUGAUGUUAUUCAUUAGUCCCCGCAAUGUGUAUUUUAUUGGCCAGAUAGCCCAGAUUAUUUGUGGUGUAGUGACAGGUUAUGCUCGUGACUUUAGUUUACACUGUGCUUUCCGAUGUUUGUCGGCGGUUUGCUGCGCUAUCAUGUUUACUUCGGGUCAAGCGAUAUUUGCCGAUAUCACUUCUGGCAUUUACCGAAUCGGAGCCAUCAUACUCUACGAUACAUUCUGGUCUCUAGGCGUCAUCUUUCUACCCUCUCUUUCUGCCUUUUUCAAUAGUUGGACUCACAUCUAUCUCGGUAUUACAUUCCCUACAUUAUUUUUAACUUUACUCCUACAAUGGACCCCAGAAUCUCCACGUUGGCUCUUAAAAAAUGGCGAUGAUAAAGUGAUUAAUCGUGUGGCAGAUAUAGUGCGUGAGGGAGCUGCCAUAAAUCAUCGUCUCGAUAAGAUACCCGAAGAUUUUCAUCAACAAUUACAAAAUUUGAGAGUAAAAAUGAAAGCUGCUCCAGCGCCCGCUAAAUGGUUGGAAUUGUGGCAGGGGCCCAGAGCAAAAGUGCACAUGAUAGCGGCACAUUUGGCUUUGGCAGCGUUUAUUAUAAAUUUCAUGGGCAUGUUGUUGAAUAUGAGAUCAUUUGGCAGGGAUUAUUUAGUGCCAAAUACUGUGGCAAUGGGCUUUUCCGAAAUAUUUGGCUGCCUUUUGGCUUUACAUUUCACUUUAAAGCACAAUAAAUGGAAGUGGCAAUGGGCUGGGGGUUUCAAUAUUUUAGCGGGAAUAUUGGGUUGUCUAGGCUGGUUAUUUAGUUCAGCUGAAAUGGAUCCCGAAUUGAAAGUCACCUUGUGGAUGAUAAUUGCCACCAUACCCAAAGCUGCUGUCUCAUGUGCCCAAUCCAUGAUAUUAGCCUGUAUGAACGAAGUCAUGCCGGCCAAUAAGAAAGUCCCCUUUGUCUUCUCGGUAGUAACAUGGGCCCGCAUCUGGCUGCUGUCAGCUCCGUUUGUUAAUGUUCUUAAGAAAAUCGAUGUAGCCCUGUCUCUUAGUACUUAUUGUGCUCUAAGUAUAUUUGGUGGCUUUUUCACCUGUCUCAUUUUGACACCCAGAACGCCAAAACCAGCAGUAGGAGAGGAAGGCAGCAGAACGAGAAAUAAUAAUAAAAAUGCAUCACCGUUGGCAAAGACUGUCUGGACAACGGAAACAAAUGUAAAUAAUACUCGUCUUUAAUAGAGGAGACAAUAAUUGCCGCAGGAAGGAAGGCAGUAUAUUUGUAGUUAAUUUAGUUUAACUGAGAAGAAAACUUUAUUACAAACAAAAAGUGUGAUAAUAAAAACAGUUAUUAAAGAGUUUAGCUAGAAGCAAAUGACAGAAUAAAAUUAAACACAAUGUAUUGUAGUCGUACUUAAACUAAUUGUAAGAAUUAAUGUAAAGUUUUAAUUUUUUAUAUUAAAGAAAUCAACUAAUAAAUGUGAUGAUUUUACGAUAUUAAGAUGUUAAA